AUGGAUUUAGAAGAGAAGUUCCUUGCUAAAGCUGCGCAGACCCUCUUUUCUGGUGUUCAAAGCCUUUCAUCCAGUGUGCAAAGUACUCCGGAAAAAAAUGGCCAUUCGGAUGGUGCUUCCAAAAGUUCAGAACUCCUUCAGCACUUCUUAAAAUGUGGUGCAAAGAAGGAAAUUCUUCGAGCAUGUUUUGACAAGGACAAAAACAUUUCAUCGAAAAGCAGGAUGACUGAAACUAAGUCAUCUGGGAAGUUGAUUAAGAAACAAGACACAAAAAAAGUAACUAGUUUCAGCCAUCAGCCCUCUAGGAAGCAGCCUCGGAAGGGUGAAAAUCCCACUCGACUCUCACCUCCUCCUGAUCAGUCUUCUGAUUUUGGCCAUUCAAACACUUGGAUCUGUAAAAAUGCUGCCUGUAGGGCAGUUCUGUCUAUAGAUGACACAUUCUGUAGAAGAUGCUCUUGCUGUAUUUGUCACCUAUUUGAUGAUAACAAAGAUCCUAGUCUUUGGUUGGUAUGCACAUCUGAAUCUACUCUAGGGGACUCCUGUGGGUUGUCUUGCCAUAUCGAAUGUGCCCUUCUACAUAAAAAGGUGGGAGUGGUUGAUCAUGGGCAACUGAUGCAACUAGACGGUGGUUAUUGUUGUGCAUCCUGUGGGAAAGUUACGGGGAUACUUGGAUGUUGGAAGAAGCAGCUAAAUAUUGCUAAGGAUGCCCGACGUGUAGAUGUACUCUGUUACAGGAUAUAUUUGAGCUACAGGCUCCUGGAUGGAACCUCAAAAUUCAAAGACUUGCUUCAAACAGUACAAGAGGCGAAGGCUAAGCUGGAGACAGAAGUUGGUCCUGUCAAUGGUGUUUCUGCCAAAAUGGCUCGAGGCAUUGUCAGCAGACUCCCUAUUGCCAGUGAUAUGCAGAAACUCUGCUCACUUGCUAUUGAUAAAGCUGAUAGGUGGCUCGCCUCUGUUCCCAAUGUAAAUCCAGAUUCCACAGAGGGUUCACUUCCUGCUGCUUGCAAGUUUGUAUUUGAAGAGGUAGCAACUUCCUGUGUCAAAAUCAUUUUAAUUGAAAUGUCAAAUAUAUAUUCCGAGGAGAUUAAAGGAUACAAGCUCUGGUAUUACAAGAGUCGGGAUGAAUCACCCACUAAAGAUCCUGUUUCCGUGUUUCCCAAAUCUCAGAGGAGGAUUUUGAUAUCCAACCUCAAGCCUUGCACAGAAUAUACUUUUCGGAUCAUAUCUUAUACAGAUACACGUGACCUGGGUCAUUCUGAGGCCAAGUGUUUCACUAAGAGCAUCGAGGUAAUUAAAAACAACCGCUCGUCAUCUGUAGCUAUGAAUCAUGAAAAAGAAAACCUUCUAUCUAGGGAAAAUUCUUCGGGCUCCAAGAUGGUGCCAAAUGCCUCAAUGGACAGUUAUGGAUUCAAGGUACGAGACCUUGGGAAAAUAUUGCGUCUUGCUUGGGCUCAAGAGCAAGGUUACUUGGAAGAGUUUUGCUGUGCCAAUAAUAUGAAAAAUUGCUGUGGACAGAGUGAAAUGUUGGUUAAGCCAAGAAUUCCAGAAGUACAGUUGCCCUCAGUUUCUCGAGACCUUGAUUUAAAUGUUGUUUCAGUUCCUGAUUUAAAUGAAGAGCUAACACCUCCUUUUGAGUAUUCUAGGGAUGAAGAUAAUGGUUGCUCUUUGUUGCAAACUGUGGAGGGAGACGAUGAUGCUGCUUCUCAUGAUCUAGAGAAAAAUGGUUUAGCAAGAUCACAUGGGAGUGGGGAUUCCCAAACCUGGACCCAUGGGCCAACAGGAGAAGUAUCUGCUGUUGAUUCACGCAUAGAUAUGUUCAGAAAAAGGAUAGCAAGCACAAUGGAAGAGACACAUGAUUGUGACAGCACUUUGAUAAACGGUUCUCCUUUACGUAUAUCUGAUGGUUCAGGUUCCUUGGAUGAGAACUUUGAGUAUUGUGUGAAAGUAAUUCGCUGGCUGGAAUGUGAGGGUCACAUCAAACAAGAAUUUAGGUUGAAGUUGCUAACAUGGUUUAGUUUAAGGGCGACAGAGCAAGAACGCAGGGUGGUUAAUACCUUCAUUCAAACUCUUAUGGAUGAUCCAAAUAGUUUGGCAGGACAACUGGUAGACUCUUUUUCUGAUAUUAUAUCAAACAAGAGGCAAAAAAAUGGAUUCAGUAGUAAAGCUGGGGCAUCAAAUUAA